CUAUCAAGUGUCACUGUCACUGUGUCACUUGAAUUAUUCGUAGCGAAUUUUUGCCCUUUGCCUAGAAAUAAAACUAUUCCAAGAUGGUUAUCCGAUUCGGAGGAACCCUGAGAGAAAUAAGGAUUCAUUUAUGCCAGACUGGUAAACAAUCUCAGGGUGUCAGGGAUUUCAUUCAGAAGCACUAUGUUAGCAUUAAAAAGGAGAAUCCUAACUUCCCGAUUCUGAUUCGAGAAUGUAAUGGUGUCCAGCCGCGCGUUUGGGCUCGCUAUGAGCGUGGCCAGGAGAAGAGCGCCCCCCUCACAGACUACACCGCAGAUAAAGUACUCUCGGCCUUACAGCAGUUAGCAAAGUAAAUUAUCUGUUCUGUUUCAUUUAUGUGUUAUAUAAAUAUUAGUCAUUAGCAAAGGA